CAUCGUCUUGCAAUCAAGGAAUACCAAGCUGCCUCCCUCUGGUUGCUCUCAGUGUCUUAGGCUACGACUGCCCCAGUAAACUGGACAGCAAAUCACCCCUCCUUUUGUGUGGCGUGGCGAACAGCUGUGGCGGUGUCCACUUGGAAAAGGCCAGACUGCAACCCGGCCUGCCAAACAUCGAGUCCAGCCUCUGAGCUCACCAUCACCGACCGCCAACCAUCUCCAUCCCAAUCUCAUCCCGGUCAACACCCACGCGACCUCGACCUGGGACUUGGACUCGGUGUCUCGCCUCUCCUCCUCUCCUCCCCUCCGUCUCCUCCCACUUACGUCCACGCCUGCACCCGCUGCAGCGCCGUCUUCGCCGGUCCACCGACCGACCGACUGUCCGCCUCGCUAGCCUAUCCCGUCCAUUACCUCGGGUGCGCCGAAGCUCCCUGAUAUAUCCAUCAUGGCGUCCCCUCCUCCGACAGGCGAACAAUAUGGCGGAUUUCAGGGCCAGAACUACGAAGGCUAUGCCAACGACGAACAACCCGCCCAGCAAUCCUACGAAGAUCCGGCCGCCCAGCAACAGGCCGGUGCGCACAAGAAGAAGAAGCGAGGAUAUGCUGCCCAGGCCUUCGAGGUUGGCAGCGGCGCCAAUGCCACUGUAGGCGGCCAGCCUGUGGGAACCCCUCAAGCUUUCGGCGCCCCUCAGAACGAGCCCGCCUACGGAGGUUAUGCCCAACCCGACCCUCAACAAGCCGCUGGCCAGGGAUUCCAACAGUAUCCUCAAGGAUACGGCGCGCAACAGCCUGCCGCCGGCCAGGCUCCUGCCUAUGGCGGGUACCAAGCUCCCGAUCAGGGCUAUGCUGCUCCGGGUGCUCCCCAGCCUAUACCUGGAGCUCCGGCCGUUGGCGGCAUCACCCAGGGCAUGGGUGGCAUGAGCUUGGGUGGUCAGGCUCAACAGCCUCAGGCGGCUUCGCAGGCUCGGCCUGUUGCUCUCAAUCAGCUCUAUCCCACAGACCUUCUCGGCCAGCCCUUCAAUGUGUCUGAGUUGGACCUCCCUCCACCUCCGAUUAUCCUCCCUCCCAACACCAGCGUGACCCCGUCUCCCGAUGCCAACUGCAACCCGCGGUACUUCCGCUCCACGCUCAAUGCAGUCCCCACCACCAACUCCCUCCUGAAGAAGUCCAAGCUGCCCCUUGCGCUCGUCAUCCAGCCCUACGGUUCGCUCCACGACGACGAGGAUCCCGUGCCGGUUGUUCAGGACCAGGUCAUCUCCCGCUGCCGACGAUGCAGGACAUAUAUUAACCCUUACGUCACCUUUUUGGACCAGGGACACCGUUGGAGAUGUAACAUGUGCAACCUCACCAACGACGUUCCUCAGGCCUUUGAUUGGGAUGCCGCCGCCCAGCAGAGCGUGAACAGGUGGGAACGCCCCGAGCUAAACCACGCUGUGGUCGAGUUUGUUGCGCCGCAGGAGUACAUGGUCCGCCCCCCGCAGCCCCUGAUUUACCUAUUCUGCUUCGACGUGAGCUACGCUGCCGACUCGACUGGCCUACUUGCCACCAUGGCCCGAACUAUUCUGGAUAGCCUUAACCGGAUACCCAAUGCUGAUCGGCGCACUCGUCUGGGCUUCCUGGCCGUCGAUUCUGGCCUCCACUACUUCUCUAUUCCCAAGGACUCGGACGAGAACGGUGAGACUAGCAUGCUUGUCGUCAGCGACCUCGACGAGCCCUUCCUCCCCAUCCCCGCCGACCUCCUUGUUCCCCUUUCCGAGAGCCGCCAGAGCAUCGAGAACUUCCUCCAGAAGCUGCCCAACAUGUUCCAGAACAACCAGAGCAAUGGAUCUGCCAUGGGAUCUGCCCUCCGCGCAUCCCACAAGCUCAUCUCGUCCCUGGGUGGCAAGAUCGUGGUCCUUACCGCGUCGUUGCCUAACAUGGGCGUCGGCAAGCUAGAUAUGCGAGAGGACAAGAAACUUCUGGGUACGUCUAAGGAGGGCGGACUUCUGCAGACCGCCAACAGCUUCUACAAGAGCUUCGCCGUGGAGUGCUCCAAAAGCCAGGUCUCCAUCGACAUGUUCCUCUUCUCCUCUCAAUACCAGGACGUGGCUUCGCUCAGCAACCUCCCCAGGUAUACUGGAGGUCAGACGUGGUUCUACCCCGGCUGGCACGCGUCGCGACCGGAGGAUGCCCUCAAGUUCGCCUCCGAGUUUAGCGACUACUUGUCGUCGGAGAUUGGCCUCGAGGCUGUGCUUCGAGUUCGCGCCACUAGCGGUCUACGCAUGAACACCUUCUACGGCAACUUCUUCAACCGCAGCUCCGAUCUCUGCGCAUUCCCCGCCUUCCCUCGCGACCAAUGCUACGUGGUCGAGGUGGCAAUUGACGAGAACAUUAACAAGAAUGUCAUCUGCCUCCAAGCUGCCGUUCUGCACACGACUUGUAACGGCGAGCGCCGCAUUCGUGUCAUGACAUUGGCUCUCCCCACGACGACAAACCUGUCCGACAUGUACGCUUCCGCGGACCAGUGCGCCAUCACCACUUACUUCAGUCACAAGGCUGUCGAGCGCGCCCUGUCCAGUGGAUUAGAUGCUGCUCGGGAUGCGCUCCAGAGCAAGCUUACUGAGCUCCUUCAGACCUUCAAGAAGGAGCUUGCUGGAGGAAGCAUGGGCGGCGGCCUGCAGUUCCCGGCCAACCUCCGUGGUCUUCCCCUCCUUUUCCUGGGUCUGAUCAAGAACGUUGGUCUCCGCAAGUCGGCCCAGAUCCCCUCGGAUAUCCGAUCAGCUGCUCUCUGCCUCCUGUCAACACUCCCUGUGCCGCUCUUGAUGCGAUUCAUCUACCCUCGACUCUACUCGCUCCACGACAUGCCCGACAAUGCCGGAACUCCUGAUCCGGAGACUGGUCACAUCGUGCUGCCGCCAGCCCUCAAUCUCUCAUCAGAGAAGUUUGUGCCAUACGGACUGUACCUGAUCGACGACGGCCAAACUCAGUUCCUGUGGGUUGGCCGCGACGCGGUACCGCAGCUUAUCAUGGAUGUGUUUGGUGUGGAGGACAAGGCUCAACUCGCCGUGGGCAAGGGUCGUGUCCCGGAGUUGGAGAGCGACUUCAACGAGCGCAUCCGAGCUGUGGUGCAGAAGAGCCGGGACUACAAGUCACUAGGCGUGGGAAGCAUCACGGUGCCGCACUUGUACAUUGUACGGGAAGAUGGCGAGCCCAGCUUGAAGCUGUGGGCACAGACAAUGCUGGUGGAGGACCGGGCAGACCAGGGCGUGAGCGCAGGCCAAUGGCUGGGUAUGAUGCGAGAAAAGGUUGUUCAGUAGUGCGAAUCGGACGACGAGUUCAUACCUAUGUAGACGCAAAAGGAUCGAGGAGCGGCCGUAAUUUGGAGACGUGGUUCAAGGAAGCGGGAGUCGGCGUGGGCAGGUGGAGGGUGGAGCAAUUGAUACGAGAAGAGAAAUGAUAUCUACUAGAGAGAAUGGAAUGAUGUUUCGAGGCAUCUACGUACACAAAC